AAGGAAUGGCGAGGAGGAGCUUGGGAAUCAGGUUCGCAUCGCAGCGGACAGGAGGAGGUGAAGGCCUGAGGGUCGAAGAAGUGCUCGAAGGGUUUGAUGCUUCUGUGGACGGAAAAGUUCGCCGUGGGGACAUAGUGAUUGCAAUCGAUGGAGUGAAGAUCUCGGAGUUGAGUAUGAAGGAGAUGACGAAUUUGAUACUUGGUGAGGAAGGCUCGUGCGCACAGUUGGAUGUCCUUAGGAACGAGGACCAACAUUCCGUCAUACGUGUGGAAGUAUUCCGAGGCAACAGCGCUCAGGAUCGUGCAGAUGAACAUCGCGCACAUCAAAGUAAAGAGGACGCUAACCGAAUCACUAGCCACCGGAUAUUCGAUACAAGUAUGAGCAAGUCUUUAUCUGAUGGAGAACUGCACGAGGCACGAAGAUUAUUUGAAAGGUUCCAGAAGGAGAACCAAAGCUCAAGAAUCACAUUCGAUCAAUUCAAGCAGAUCUAUGCUUACAGGCAGACCGAGAGGGACAAGAAACCGGACACAACAAACAUUCCUGUGAACCAGGGCGCACUGUUUAAGAGUGAAGAACAGCUGGAAAAUAUGCUGACGAUGGAACACAAAUUAGCAGAAAGAAGACGCAACAAUCUCAAGACGGUCUCCAAAGAGAAGCUCUGUCGGUCUUUGUCAAAACUCUAUGUUCAAACAAAUAGUAGCCAGCAGACAGAGUUGAAAGCAAAAUUCCGGCAUAUGUUGGAAAACGACGAUGACAAUCACCGCAUUAAUGACUUCGCCAACUUCGUUUUAGAACUUUUCAAUGAUCUAUCUGAUAGAGAUUCUCCGGCAAACAUCGAGCUUGAAAUUGAAUUCCGGGCAAUUUUUGCAGACUUGCUCUCAGUGCCUUUGGACAUCUUUGAUUCAGAGCGCUCGGUUCCUCGAAGGCUCCUUCCACACCUGAUGAAGUGGAAACGUGCGCAGAACAUCGAAAUAGCCAAGAAGAUUGGACUAGAUGAAAUCGUUGAAGAUGAUACGGAUGAGCUAUCUUACCAAGAAGAACCUGUUUCAUCUCAUCCCAUGUUAGAAAGACUGAGAAACGAGCUGUCAACUUCCAAAGCUCAAAAGUUUUUUGAAAGCAUUAGCGCAUGUUCAUAGUUGUCGCUUAAAUCUUCUUGGAAUCAAUGUUAAAAGAUGAAGAAAGAAUUACACUUUACUUGGGAUGAAACAAAGCUGAACUAUGUUAAAGAAUAACGUCUACCUCAAUACGUAUCACUCAACAGGGCAAGAAACGAUAAAGUUGGUUGGAACAGAUGAACAUAACAAAGUAACAAGAUGGGAGAAAAACACAUUUCAUAGCAUAUGAGUCAUCGCGUAGUGCCACAUAUUUUAAGUUCUCUUGAAUAGGGAUGAACGAUUUCCCAUUGCACGCUUGAGAAUGGAAUCAAUGCCGUUGCUCGAAUCGAUGACGCGCAUCCUAGCAUCAUGCUCCUGAUGAGAAGUACGCGGUGGGCCUGACCAUGGCUUGAAGAUGCUGUCCUUCAUUCCGAGUUUGUGCCUCUCAUGACUCAGUUCCGCGUCUCCCCUGAUGAACAUGUUGGCUCCGAAAAGGCUCGACAGCAUC